UUCAAAUUGGAAGAUUCCUUGGAUGGAAAUUUCUUCCACUGAGUUACAUUUUACGACUGACCAUUCCAUCAUUGCCAGGCAACCUGGCCAACUGUCACUCACUCCAACCGGCUUUAAAAAGGGGGAUGAUAAGAAGCAACCACCAGAACCACAGACAGUGCCUCGCCGUCAAAGACCAGGACCAAGACAAACCAGCACAGCUCCACCAGCUCAGCCCAGCUCAUGAUGAGGUUCUGUGGGAUCCACUGCUCCCUGGCCCUGCUGGGUCUGUCUCUGGUUCUGUGCAGACACAGUGCCGCCUCACAGCCCGACCUGGACCUGGACCUCCGUCACAACAGGCUACUUCAGAGAGCUCGCGCUGCUGGCAUGGCAACACAGGAAUGGAAUAAGCGUGCGAUGGAGGACCUGCUAUCCCAGCUGUCUCUACCGGAGGCAGAGACUCAGGACAGGGAGGUCUCUACGGUGGGGGCCAAAGAUGACCUCCACAUGGAACGUUCUGUGGAAAAUAACCUACCGCCUAAGGAACGCAAAUCUAGCUGCAAAAACUUCUACUGGAAAGGGCGUACUUCCUGUUGAGCAUCCAUUCACUGUCACACUACCCAAUCACUGAACUUCCACUGAGGUCCACCCAACCUUGAUUGAUCUGAUUGAAUGGCAUGCUGGUUGGGCGGCUUUAAUCUCCUUAGUGGAUAUGUAACUUGUGUAAAUUAUGAAAUAAAAGUAAAGCUUCGAUUAA